CCACGAGCUGGUAGUUGACCGCAAAGCAGAGCAGAAGAAGCGUCCGGUUGUCGGUGGACUCCAACGUAAAUAAAACCUAACGAGGUUCGGAUGUCUGCAAAAGAUUACGCGCGACUGUGACUCCAGUCCGCAUCUACCAUUUACCGCUAUAGAUCAUCUGCUUUCUGAUCGAUCCUCUUGAUUAGAGGCGCGUGCCUGCAGGCUCGCUAGCAGCUACAGUUAGCAUCCUAAGUUACGCGGACAGUGAAGUCGGUAGAAACGGAAUGACUCGUCACGGAAAGAACUGCACCGCCGGGGCCGUGUACACCUACCACGAGAAGAGGAAGGACACAGCUGCGUCCGGCUAUGGAACACAGAGCAUCCGUUUGGGCAAAGACGCCAUCAAGGACUUUGACUGCUGCUGCCUGUCUCUGCAGCCCUGCAAGGAUCCCGUGGUGACUCCUGAUGGGUUCUUGUAUGAAAAACAGGCGAUACUUGAAUACAUUCUACACAAGAAGACCGAAGCGGCCAAAAAGAUGAAGGCCUACGAGAAGCAGAAACAGGCCCAGAAGAGCAGCAACCAGCUGGAGUCCCAGUCUGAGGAAAUCCAGAAGGUGGAGAAGUUCAAGUCCAGCGAGAGCAGCAUCGUGUCCAAGCCCAUCAACCCCUUCACGUCUGGACAGAGCAAAGACGGAGAAGCUGAGGAACCGUCCGCGGCUGCCGCCUCAUCCAGCCGGACGCUGCCGAGCUUCUGGAUCCCCUCCCUGACUCCAGAGGCCAAACCCACCCAGCUGAAGAAACCGAGUAAGGCUGUGCUCUGCCCCAUGUCCGGACGACCCAUCAAGAUGAACGAGCUCAUCCCGGUGCGCUUCACCCCGCUGGACCCCGGCCUCGACAGAGUGGCGCUGCUCAACCGCCAGGACCGGUACGUGUGCGCCGUGACCAGAGACGCCUUGGGAAACAGCGUCCCCUGCGCCGUGCUGCGACCCUCGGGGGCCGUGGUGACCCAGGAGUGUGUGGAGAGGCUGAUCCGGAAGGACAUGUUGGACCCGGUGAGCGGAGACAAACUCAGCGACAGAGACAUCAUCCCGCUGCAGAGGGGGGGAACCGGCUUCGCGGGCUCUGGAGUGGACCUCCGGGCCAAGGAGGCCCGUCCGGUCAUGCAGGCCUGACCCGGAUGUGACGUCGGUCCGGGCUUGUGCGGCCUGAAGGAGCGGUUCUUCCGUACACUGAACCCCCCAUGAAAGUUUACAUCUGGACUUCCUCCUCUGAAUGGGACGCCGUCUUUAGACGGCCCGACUGGACCCGAGGGAACCACGUCUGAUUACAUGUUCAGGCAGUUUAGUUCAACAAAGAUAAAUGUGUUUUUCAUGCAAACUAUUUACUGAGAGUUUUCUGUUUCACUUUGUUUACACAUUAAACAUCAGGAACAUU